UCGUUCAUCUCCCACGUGGGAUAUUUGGACUUACGUUACCAUUCUCCGGAUUCCCUUAUGUUUUUCCGUGUAAUUAUAUUAAUAUGUUUUCCUCUAUUCUAUUUCCAAAUUACCAACUUUUAUUUAUUUAUUUCCCUCUUUCAAUUUCAACUUCAACUCUUUUGGUUUAAUUCUAUUUGUUUGUUGUUCUUAUUUUGUUUGGAAAGAUUGGUAUUCUUACCAUGGAUGAUUCUUCGGCUUCCUAUAUCCACAUGGUGCAACACUUGAUAGAAAAAUGUAUGAUAUUCGAGAUGACAAAAGAAGAGUGCAUGGAAGCUUUGUCAAAACAUGCUAACAUCAAACCUGUUAUCACUUCCACUGUAUGGAAUGAGCUCGAAAAAGAAAACAGGGAGUUUUUUGAGGCGUAUUCCUCCAAAUCAACGAAAAAUGAUCGAAUGUCCGAAGCAGAAACAAGUGAAAUGAUACAGAAGAUGAUUUCCGAUUCAUCAAAGGAUUCCAAAGAAUAAAACCAAAUACUAACAUAUGCAACACAUUACACAUAUGAAAGGGAUAGAUCGAUCUUUACUAAUUUCGAUCCUUGAAUAUAUAUUUUAUGCAAUAAUAAUUAUAAUAAUGAUUUCAAGGCGUAGGCAUUUAAUAUGAAGUUUAUAAUGCAUUUUUAAUUCCUCGGCCAUUUAUUUUGGUAGCUCUACUACUCGGUCAUUAUCCAGUCAUAUUCUGCCUAAUUUAAUCAAGUUUUUUGGGCUAUAGCACGUACUACAUAUAUUGUAUAAAGCCUAAUUAAAAGUUGUGUAAGCCUGGAUUUGUACUUA